ACAACAAAAUCAGUAAGGAGAAAAGUCAUUUAUACGUUUUGAACAUAAAUACAGCAAUUUAGGUCAAAUUGUCUCGGAAACCAAUCAUGCAAUAUGUAGGCUGGGUGAAUCUAAUAUAUUAGCUAAUGUAGUUACAAUACGAGACAAAACGAUUUUUGUUUAUAAAAAUCUAUAGUAAGUCAUAUUAGUCAAGGUUACAGUAGACAGAACUAUGGAUUCACUUAAAUUGUGAAGCAAUAUAAUAUAGCACUAAAUCUACUUGUGUGGCCAUGGGGAUAUGGGUUACACUUUACUACUUUUGGCCUCAUUUGAAUAUUCAGAAAAAAAAAUUCAUGUGAGUUGCAUUUUAUAUCGAAGAUUAGUCUGAGUCGUUCAAUAGAUUUUGAUAGCCUCGUGUUAAAAAAACAUAACACAUACAUAAGUUAAUACUAUUAACACACCUAGAUAGAUCAUGAUCUGAUACUGAUAUAAAUUACUAUAUAGAAGUCAACAUUAUGGUUUUUUUCAAAUAUACUCAUCAUAUUAGUUCGUUACAAAUAUACUGGUCGUAUAUAUAAUGUUUACAAUCAAUAUUGUAUAAUGUAUACAUAUAUAUAAUUUCUCAAGCCAUCUUGAGUAAAUUAAUAAACUAUAUUACAUAUAGAUCACGGUUGAAUUUUCUUGUGACGCAACAUUUUCACAUGUUAACCACAUUGUGGUGGUCUAAUGGUUUCUAUAGGAGAAAAGUUGUCCUGUUGAUCCAGACUAGGAAUCGAUUUUCUUCUAAUGCGAAAUUAUUAGCUUCACAUGUGGCCACAUGGAUAUGAGCCCAUGCUUACGGCCCAUUUGAAUACUCAGAAGAGGAUCUAUCUGUAUGUUACACCUUUCACCCAGGUUAGGUAUGUGUCUUUAAUAAAUUCCGAUUUAACUCUUUCUUUUGUCAAAAAAAAAGACAUUUUCACAUGUUCAUGCAAAAAGUAAACAGAUACUCCUGGUACCAUAUCUAUACGACUAUACCUAGCUACUGUCCUACUUCUACAUUGACAUCCACCGCUUUUGUUCUGAUACAAAUGAAGAUAAAUAUACAAUGACUCCGCACCACAAUUAAUAUUUAUAUAUAUUAUUGUAUCUCUAUGUUUUUAUUAUUAUGACCGCGCGGUCCGCACUAUAAUUAUUUCAAGUUUGCCAUUCUGAUCUUAUAUAAAACAUUUAUAUAGAUUUUUUUUGUUCAAUUUAUAUACAAAUAUUGUUUAUUUAAAAAAAAAAAAUUGAGAAAGGGCCUUGUUUGUUUAAAAACUUACUACUAAAUAUUUUGUAAUCAUACAAUCUCUACAAAAUGAAUAACAUAUUUAACAAAUAUGAAACGUGGUCAUUUUUUUUUUUGGUAAAAAAACGUGGUCAUUUUCUUAUGCAUUUCGAAUAUAUCGGCAUAUAUUACAUGGUCUCAUACCGAAAUAUCGUUUGACCUUCGUAGUAUGUGAAUUAACUGGAUAUUCUUAAAAUUGAAAGCAUUUAAAAAGUGACGAACUAAAAUUGAAGUUUUAAUGAAAAAAACUGACAACUCGAACAAUAGUCCCACAAUCUGAAUCUUUUAAUCAUUAAUGGAUCGGCAUGAAUUAGUUAACGUAUUUAUAUAUGUUAUGUAAUAUUUUAAAUUUUAAAUAUUGAUGUGUUAGUGUUACAAAGACUAAUAACAUUGAGCUUGCAAUUUGUUCAUUUUGAAAAUAAUAAUUUAAAGUUUCAUUUCCUUAUAAUAGAGACAAAUAAGUAUAAUUUUUAUACUUUUUCCAAAAUCUAAAGGUAAUUUGGAUACGUAAAUUUUCAGGAAAAGCGUGUAAAAGGUAAUAUAGUACGAACCCAAUAAAUUGCAAAGAAGACGACAGUUCUUACACAUGGUAGGGUUCGGCUUACACGGACGACCACUCACGUUCAGGUGCAUGCCAAUGCGGCAAUUGCCUCAACGAUUAAGAGCAUGAUCAAUGGAAAGAUCCUAAUUAGGUAUAAGACACAUAUCUUAUAAAAGAUGUUUCUUCUACCUCUUAUUUAAAAUACGUUUCUUUUAGUUAAAAAUCAUGUACGAAAACGCGGAUAAGACAUCCGAUUGAAACGUUGGGUAGUGUUUGGCUGUGGUGAUUUCGCCAUAGGUGGCGAACAAAUUGGAGAUUGCAGUAUAAUUUUUUUUUUUGAAGUUUUGAAUGUUCGAAACAGAUGUUAAAUGGCAAAUAUAUGUAUCUAUGACCUAACUAACACGAAAUCACUUUACAGAAAAAUAGUUGAUGGACGCCAUGAGAAAAGCCUUGUAGAGUCAAAAUCCUAAAAAAAAAUUGUGGGGAAAAUUGUAAAAUUACAAAUAUACCACUCACUAAAAGAAAAAUUAAAUAAAAUAAGAAAAAAAAGCAUGGGUUGCAUCGGGCCCGGAAACUGGCUAUUAAACUAACAACUCUUACCACUAGACCAUUGGAAUUUAAUUGUAUCCUUUCAAAACAAAAUGUAGUAUUACAUAUAUUAUCUGAAAUUAAAAAAAAACAUUAAAAACUAGGUUCCGAAUAAUCUCUGAUUUUCUGCUAACUCGCUAGAUCUAUAUCAACUGCUCGAUUCACGUUUAGAGUAAUUCCGAAUAUAGGUUAAAAGCUUUUUUUUUUAAUUCCUAAUUAUACUAAAAAAUCUUUUUAAGAGACUGCGUUAAUCAUGAUCUAAGUAGUUCAAAUAUUGAUCUUACAAUAGAGUUCGACCAGAAUAAAAAUAAAUAUAAAAUUUAAAUUUAACUGUGCGUCACUAUGUUUUUGUUUCUUUCGCUUACGACAUAACAUAACAGUAUAACUCUUCUUUUUCCAACAGUGUCAGUGUUUUGUUUUCUUCGUAAUCAUGUAUGUUUUACUUUUACCUUGUAUAGUACAUCUAUUUCAUGAGUUUGUAAGAUAUAUUCUAUUGGGUUAUCUUGGUAAAAACUAAAUAUUCAGAUUUGCUUUUACCUUACUCUUUUGUUAAAUGCUUUUAUAUUAACAUUCACAUUUUAGUAUAAAAUAUAUAUUUUGGUUUUGGUGUAAAUAGUAUCAAAAAUAUUUUUAUCAUGUAUAUAUAUAUAAACAUUCAAGUAAACAUUUGCAACCUUAAAAGGAAUGACAAUGAGCUCAUUGUAUUUUUGUUUGGUUUACGUUUCUUUGGUUUAUUCUCAACUAGCAAAUAAAACAAAAGCACACAACAACUUAUAAAUGUCUCCAAUAUUUUUGAGACAAGUUAAAAUAUAUUUACUAUAUAAACAAAGUAAAUAUUCAUCGCGUAUGGUUGGUUUGGACAAUUACUUAGUGAAAAACAUACUUUUGAGCUUUUGAUAAUACUUGCCCCCUCCACUUGAGGACUAUAUACUAAACCCUCCAUCUUUGUCUCUCUUCUAAAAAAUCAAAGCUCAUAAGCAGAAACCUUCAAACCUUCCAGUUUUUUUUUAUUCUUUAAAAGUUUGUAUAUUGUAUCGGACUCACUAAGGGAAGAAACGAAUCAAUGGCAGCAGAGGAGAAUAGAACGUGCGAGCCUUGCAAGACUUUUGGACAGAAGUGCAGUCAUGUCGUGAAGAAACAAAGGGCCAAGUUUUAUAUUCUUCGCCGUUGUAUCGCCAUGUUAGUCUGCUGGCGUGACAACAACCACGACCGCAAGGACUCUUGAUUUGUUUUCUCUUGGAUAACUCCUCCUGCUUUUCUAAUAGCGUUUUAGUCUCUUUUCUGUCCGCUCAAGACAAUUUUAGUAGCUUUUACUUGUGUACUCAUUGUAUCACCAUCCGAGUUCAAACUUGGCAUAAUAUGCAUGCUACAUUUUUUUUGGUAUAUUGGUUCUCAUCUGCCUUUUCGUAAAAUUAUUAACGUGAAUACGUUUUAUCAAUAUGUAUGAGUUACAUAAAUAUGGUUACACAACUAGUGUUAAGAAGUUGUAUAUUAUGAGAUGACAGAUCUAUAGCUUAUGUAUCUCUUAGAAGAAACAAUAUUUGCAGUAUAGAAAUUAACUGGAACUGGCGUACUUGUAUGUGUUGGCAACGGUUGAUCUUGAAUGAGAAUUUUCCAUCUUGAAUUCAAGAGAAUAGAUAGACAAAAACCGAUGAUGUAACUUUCUGCCAAAGAAUUAUCAGCUCUUCAGCCCGAAGCCCUUGGAAAUAGAUGUUAAACGUGGAACAAUUCUGGCCUUUUGUAUUUUCUUUGUUAAUUUAAUGUUCAGGAUUAAAUAAUUGUUUUCUAUGUUAAAUCACUGAAUAAGAGUAAAAGUAGACUCUGCCCUAUAAUCUAAAGAUAGAAAAUUCUCUGCUUUAGAAUAAAUAUAAUACAUCAAAGUCAUCAUCAGACUCGGAGUCAUGAACAGCACAGACUCCGUCUCUUCUGCGAGUGAGGUUUUUCAUUCUUGUCCUUUCUUAAACUCUCUAGCUAUAUAUGCCAAUGACGUUUUCCUUCUAUAAAUAAUUACUAUUUCUAAAAUUUAUGUAUCAUUCGUAUGUUCUUUUGUUUAAAUUUCUUGACCUACUGUAUAAUAUGAUCAUGCAUGCAGAUUUAGUAAUCAGUUACUGUCACUUGUCAGUAAAAAAUUGAAUCGGAUUGAUAUUAACCACAUAUUCUAUAUAAUUACAAUAAGGGGACCAUAUAAAACUGUAGGACAAGUGAAUCAAAUUUACCUUGAAGUUUUCUUUUAUUGUCUAUGUUCAGCAUGCAGGUUAGUUUGAAUUUGUAUACUGAUGCAGCAAUGACAUUACAAUAACCACUAGAAUAUAUAUAUAUUCUGAGAAAUCAUUUGGACAUGCAUUUAUAAAGGUCGUAAAAUAUGCUAUUUAAGUUGCUAUAACUCCAACUUGAAUCCAUGCAUGCGUAUACAGAUUCACCACUUCAAUAAUAAUGCAACGCAUUAAUAUUAUGUUGACAACUAAUAGAAAAAAGAAGAAGCAAACUUAGAGCAACUCCAACAAUAAAAAAACAUAUAUUUUUAAAAGAAAAAAAUAUUAAUAUUAUAGUUAAUCAAUUAUAAAUUACUUUUUAAAAUCAAUAAAAACACUAAUUUUCUCUUACAUGAUGACAUGUAUUUUGGGGUUAUUAAUAGUAACUAAAAACCUCUAAAUUUAGAACUUUUGUCUUUUUUCUCUUAAUUUCAUUUUUUUUUAAAUACUUUGAACCGUUUUUCAUGUUCAUUAUUGGAGGUGCUCUUAAUGACGCCGACACACAAAAUAAAAAGCAAACUAAACAAUCAUAUACUCGGCUAAUUACUCUCGACGACAGUUUUUUUUUCUACACGCUUUCAGACUAUAUUAAAGGCAAACUAAGUGAUAGUACUACUCUAUUAGUCGAGGUUAAAAUUAAGAAAAUCAUACUCAAUGACUGUUUUUUCUACACGCUUUCUGAUCAUCUAAAGGCAACUUAAGUGAUGCUGACAAAAAUAAGUGAUAAUAUUAUUCUAUUAAUGAAGCUUUACACAUUAUUCUGCAGUACUGUUUUCACACGCUUAGAAAUCAUUUAAGCGGCUCCAAAUUUCUGAAUAUACUGAAAUUUUCCAACCAUAGAAAAUAAAGAAUUGUAGUGGAGAAACAGGAAUAGAAAAUCAUUAUGAACAAGUUCAGUACGAGUUAUAAGAGCCCACGUGAUCUUAGUCAAAUUCAAUCUACCAUUUUGACUAGUAGGUGAGAGAGAUGUAGACAUUGUUUGUUUUGAUUGUAUCACACUGCUUGUUUGCAGAAAAAAAAUAGUAA